CAGAGUUACAACCAGCCUCCCCCGAUGAAUAAAUUUGGCGGUGGUAGUGCCGGUAGCUACGGACAGCAAAGUUCCGGUUCUGUCGGCGGUGGUGGAUACGGCGGACAAAGUGAUUACAAUGGUGGUGGCCGUGGUGAUGGAGGAGGCUACGGCGGUGGUAAUCGUGGUGGCAACAGCUACGAUAGAAGAGGUGGUAACCAAACCGGCGGCUACAGCAGUGGCGGCGGCAACAAGGGUGGUUAUAACAAAGAAGGUGAAAUGAUUACACAGGAGGAUACAAUCUUUAUCCAAGGUAUGACACCGGAGACCACAGAGGAAGAAAUUGCUGAACGAUUUGGUUCCAUUGGCGUAAUCAAGCGUGACAAACGCACCCAGAAACCCAAAAUCUGGAUGUACAAGGACAAAGAGACGGGUAAUAUGAAGGGUGAAGCUACCGUUACCUACGAUGACGCUAGCGCGGCUCAAUCUGCCAUAGGAUGGUUCGAUAACAAGGAAUUCAACGGAGCGGUCGUAAAGGUAACCCUAGCCCAGCGAUUCAGCAACUGGCAAGCCAAAGGUGGCGGUCGUGGUGGAUUCAACAAGGGUGGCGGUGGAUUCGGUGGUGGUAAUCGGAUGGGCGACCGUGGUGGAUCCGGCGGUGGAAGUGAUCGGGGAUCAGGAGGCUACAACCGCGGCGGUGGUGGUGGCAGCGAUCGAGAAGACAAUCGUUCUCGGCCUCCUCCCAGCGGUGGUGCAAUGGGUGGUGGUGCUCGUGGCGGAUUUGGUGGCGGCAGCGGUGGCCAAGAUCGUGAGGGCGAUUGGAACUGCGGUGAAUGCAGCAACAAAAACUUUGCAUGGCGCAAUGAAUGCAAUCGCUGUAAGGCACCGAAAGGUGAUGGCGCUGGUGGAGGCGAUAGUGGCGGUCGGGGAGGAUACGGUGGUGGUGCCAACCGUAACGGAGGUGGAGGCGGUCGUGAUCGCGGCUCGUUUGGUGGUGGACGUGGCGGUAGCUCUGGUGGCCAGGAUCGCGGAUACGGCGGAGCGAGUCGUGGAGGACGAGACAAUGGAAGUGGUGGUGGUUAUGGUGGAGGAGCGAUGCGCGGCAACGACAGAAACAACCGAAAUGAUCAACGGCAACGCCCAUACUAAGGAUGCAUUUCCAUGAAACAUUAAAAACAUUCACCCAGGGACGAUAUCAAAUUUGUUUGUCAACAUUUUAUCUACACUAGAAUCAAACUCAGAAUGAAUCAAGGCGAUCAAUCCGGUGUUUCCUAUACAUUGCAAGGAACCAUGAAGAUGGAUGGAACGUAUCAUCAGGGAAGGAAACGAAGGAGAAAGAGAUAGGUACACACGCUGUAUAAAGCGCAAAAUAGCAAAUAUACCGCAAUGUUGUUUUGAAUGAUUGGGGCAAAUUUAGUACACGAAUUUUCCUCGAAAGUAUCAUACACCUUCUCAUUCUUCCUUUCCGUUGUUGGGCGGGGAUACAUAGAUGUUAAAAAAAUGUAUAUGUAUUAUUAGUACAUGUUUCUUUACUAGCCAAUAUGUGGCAUAUAAACGGUUGCUCUGGGCAAUGAGCGGAUGGUCACAGAAAGCAAGGAAUAACAGCAGAAAUCACUUGAUUGAAUAAUUGUCGAGCAUAGAAUAGUUUUAUAGUCACGAUGCAUCAAAAAUAUCCACCGUCCUCCAAAACCUGGGGAGAUUUAUCACUUAAAAGUCAGAAAUUAAUAAAGCUAAGAUAAAACAACAGAAC